ACCGCGCUAUGAACACGAGUAGUAGCUUCCCCCCGACUUUUCAUAUAUGCAUCUGCUUCCGGGGCAGCUCUUCCUCUUCGCUUCUGCAACGGGUUGGCAAUCAUGGUGAACGUGCCGAAAACCCGCAGGACCUACUGCAAAAAGUGCAAGAAGCACCAGCCCCACAAAGUGACCCAGUACAAGAAGGGCAAAGACUCCCUGUACGCCCAGGGUAAGAGAAGAUACGACAGGAAGCAGAGCGGUUAUGGUGGUCAAACGAAGCCUAUAUUCCGUAAAAAGGCUAAAACCACCAAAAAGAUUGUGCUGAGGCUGGAGUGUGUGGAGCCGAAUUGCAGGUCCAAGAGAAUGCUGGCCAUCAAGAGGUGCAAGCACUUCGAGCUGGGAGGAGACAAGAAGAGAAAGGGCCAGGUCAUCCAGUUCUGAGCUACACCUUUUUUUCUUGUUUUUUGGAUAUUGCAGCAUAUCAAUAAAGAAAUUGGUAUGUACCAUGA